AUGAGUCGUGCGGUAUUUGCAGAGAAAGCGACGUUGGCCUCUGAACGGGCGAAGGAAUUCAUCAGUAGCGGUGGAAGUGUAGUCGCUCGGGCUCGGGCUCUUGUCUCUGGAGAUGCACAGUUCUUUGCUGUUCAGCCAAAAACAGAAGAUCUUCGUCGUCAAUUAGAUGUGGAUUCCUUAUUUGAUAAGCGAGAUGCGAUGAAACGUAUUAUUGCUCAAAUGUGUAAAGGAAGUGAUAUGUCUAAUCUAUUUGCCGAUGUAGUAAAAAAUAUUCAUAACCCAUCUAUUGAAUUACGUAAAUUGAUUUACUUUUAUGUUGCACACUAUGCAGAAGAUAGACCUAAUGAGGCACUCUUAUCUAUAUCGGCUUUUCAAAAAGAUUUAUUAAAUCCAAGUAUGCAUGUACGAUCCUUAGCAUUACGUAUGCUUAGUACAAUGCGUAUUCCCGCUAUUCAACCACUUGUCAUGGUGGCUGUGCGAAAAUGUGCAACUGACUUGGAACCAUUAGUACGAAAGACGGCUGCGAUUUCACUCGCUCAAAUGCAUGCAAUUAAUGGAAGUGAUGAAGAUAAGGAAACUGUACAUUCACUUUUACAUCAACUCUUAGCGGAUAAAUGUACAGAAGUUUCCUCAGCGGCGGCUCUUUCCUUUAUAGAGAUUUGUCCAGAUGAGAUGGGGUUUAUUCAUGGUGUUUAUCGCAGUCUUUGUCGAACACUUGUGGAUUGUGAAGAAUGGGGACAAGUGAUACUUUUACACGUACUCUUACGAUAUGCAAGAACACAAUUUUGUGAUCCCAAUAAACCUAUAAAAGGGAAAUCAUCCAAAUCUAAAAAGAUUGAGGAAAGUAGUAUGGGGAAAAAUACCACAGAUAAAAAGAAGAAGAAGAAGGAUGAUAAUAAUAAUAAUAAUAGGAAAACUUCACUUUCUUAUUCUUCUUCAAGAUCAUCAUCAUCAUCAUCAUCUGCAGCUUCUUCCUCUUCAAACGUACGUAAUGUCAACAAACAUGCAUCAUCUUCUUCUUCUUCAGGAUCAUCUUCAUCAUCUUCAUCUUUAUCUACGGAUAAAAGUGAAGAUUAUCUUCGAGAGGAAACAGAAGGAACUAUACUACUAGAUCCAGAUCACCGUUUAUUAUUAGAUUCUGCUAAACCACUCUUUAUGAGUCCCAAUAGUGCUGUUGUUGUGGCUACAACUUCUCUCUUUUAUCAUUGUGCACCUCAUCAUGAAUUGGAACUCUGUGUUCGACCACUUCUUCGUUUACUUGGAGGUCCAGAAGAACAUCAUUUUAUGAUUUUAAGUACAAUCUAUACAAUUAUCUUAUCCCAACCAGAACCUUUUAUUCCUUUUAUAAAGGAAUUCUUUAUUCUUCCAGAAGAUGUAAAAGAUGUACGGGAACUUAAGAUUCGUAUUAUGUCUAAACUCGUUACUCGUGAUAAUUUCAAUGAUCUUUACCGUGAAUUUCGAUUUUAUGUUCGUAGUUUUCACGUAGAUCGUGUGAUAGAUGCUAUUCGUGGACUUGGAUUAAUUGCCGCUCAAUUAAAAACCGCAUGUGCCCCACAAAUUUUACGAUUAUUAAUUCCACUUCUUUCACAUAAAAAUACAGAAGUCAUUACGGAAUCUAUUAUUGUAUUACGAUUAUUAGUUGUGGUUCAAGGACCUAAUAAAGGACGGACCUGUCAAUUAGUCUAUCGUCUCAUGCUACAAGUAAUGAGAGGAGAAAUUGCGAGUCCCUCUGCAAAGGCGAGUAUUCUUUGGCUUAUAGGAGAAAAUAUUCAACAACAUAGUGUUAUUGCGGCUACAGCACCAGAGUGUUUCCGUGUAUUUGUGAAAUCUUUUUCUGAACAACAAGUGGAAGUAAAGAAACAGAUAUUAACAUUGGGUUGUAAAAUAUGGUUAUAUUUAGAUGGGAAUAGUGAUAUGGCUGAUCGAUUUCGAAAACUAUUUUUUUAUAUGUUAGAAUUGGCUCACUUUGAUGAUGAUUACGAAGUACGUGAUCGUGGACGAUUACUACAGUGUACUGUAGAUCGUCAAAGUGAAACAUUUACGGCUUUAAAGUUUGUGUUACUCUCUGAGAAGCCGGCACCCCAAACAAAUGAUCCAUAUGUAGAGAGAGCUCACUAUCAAUUAGGCACCAUGACCCAUCUCUUUGGACAUCCACUCUUUGGUUAUCAUGAUUUACCGGAUUGGCAAACAGAACCAUCCGAUCCACAACUACGUGGUGUAGGUGUAGAAGAAUCAGAGGAAAAUGAUAAUGAUGAGGAUUCAUUUAUGAGUUCAGCAGAUGGUUCAAGUGAGAGUAUGUUUUCUUCAGAGUACAACAGUGAAGAGGGGAGUUACGAUAGUGAUAAUAAUAGUAGUAGUGAGAGGGAAUCUAUGGCUAGCACGGCGAGAUCCUCCUCUUCUUCCUCCUCCUCUGCAGAGUCAGAGAGUGAUAAUAAUGAUAAUGAUAUUGAUAAUGAUGAAGAGGAAAAUAAAGAGAAGGCUGUGCAUGCGAGUAAUAGUAGUAGUAGUAAUAAUAAGAAGAAACCUAUCAGUGAUAAUAAUAAAGAUCAGGUAGAAUCAAUAAUAGAAACAACAAUACCAGCAACAGCAGCAAUAAAGCGUGCCCCUGUUAAAGUUAUAAUACGACAGAGAAAUCCAACAACUACAACAACAACUACUACAACUACUAAUAUGAAUGAAACGGCAGUAAGUGAUGAAAAGAAUACCCUGCAAAAGGAGGAGUCUAAUGAAAUGGAAUACACACCUGUUGAGGAAUCUAAUACCCCAAUGCAGUCCAUAGAUCCAACUUUACCAGAUGAAACUCUUAAUACUAUGAAUACUAUUACUACUACUACUACUACUACU